GUUCGUUUGUUGCACAUUUGGUCACAAGCUCAGUUUUUUUUUUUAUUUUUUUAUUUUUACACUCUCUCUCUUCUCUGAGUUGAAGGGCGAGAAGUAGAAGCAGAUUCAAAAACAUCACUUAUUUAUAAUUUAUUGACUUGUGAUAGAAUAUGGAUCCACAUGAUGAAAAUGGGAAUGGAAAUGGAUCAGCGGAAGCUUUGCCUCCGCCUCCACCUCCUCCAGCAGAAAUUCCUCCGGACGUAGUACCAAUUAAGGCAGAACCAGAUCCUCCUAAGAAGAAACGUGUCCCUAUGGCUAGACGUGGCAGUGGGACCAAAGGUCAAAAGAUUCAGCUGCUCAGUAAUCACUUUAAAGUGAACAUAACUAAUGUGGAUGGCCAUUUCUUUCACUACAGUGUCAAUCUCAUGUAUGAGGAUGGGCGCCCUGUAGAGGGGAAAGGCGUAGGAAGAAAAGUGCUCGACAGAGUGCAAGAAACAUAUGAUACUGAGUUGGCUGGCAAACAUUUCGCCUAUGAUGGUGAAAAGAGUCUGUUCACUGUUGGGGCACUCCCUGGAAAAAAGCUGGAGUUCACUGUUGUUCUAGAAGAUGUCACAUCUGCUAGGAAUAAUGGAAAUGCAAGUCCUGAAGGUCGUGGAAGUCCCAAUGAGAGUGACAGGAAAAGAGUACGACGCCCAUUCCAGUCAAAAACAUUCAAAGUUGAACUAAGUUUCGCUGCUAAGAUCCCUAUGCAGGCUAUAUCAAAUGUCAUACGUGGUCAAGAAAAUGAAAACAGCAUGGAAGCCCUUAGGGUUCUUGAUAUUAUUUUGAGGCAGCAUGCUGCUAAACAGGGCUGUUUGCUCGUUAGGCAGUCGUUCUUUCAUAAUGAUCCUAAGAACUUUGCAGAUGUCGGAGGUGGUGUUUUGGGCUGCCGAGGGUUUCAUUCUAGCUUCCGUGGUACCCAGUCUGGCUUGUCCCUAAACAUCGAUGUGUCAACUACUAUGAUUGUUCAGCCAGGGCCAGUGGUUGAUUUUUUGAUUGCUAAUCAGAAUGUUAGAGAUCCCUAUUCCAUUGACUGGAAUAAGGCAAAAAGAAUGCUUAAGAAUUUGAGGAUCAAAACAACCACGUCCAACCAAGAAUUCAAAAUUACUGGUUUGAGUGAAAAGCCAUGCAGAGAGCAGACCUUCUCCUUGAAGCAACGAGGUAAUGAAAAUGGUGAAGGUGAGGCGCUAGAAGUUACAGUGUAUGACUACUUCGUUAACAAUCGCAAAAUUGAGUUGCGUUACUCUGCUGACUUACCAUGCAUCAAUGUUGGGAAGCCUAAGCGACCAACUUUCUUCCCAUUGGAGCUCUGUUCUUUGGUGUCACUUCAGCGGUACACAAAAUCUUUAUCUGGUCUUCAGCGGGCGUCAUUGGUUGAAAAGUCUAGGCAAAAGCCCCAGGAGAGAAUGAGUGUGCUUUCUCAUGCUCUGAAGGUCAGUAAUUACGAUGCUGAACCUAUGCUUCGUGAGUGUGGAGUCACAAUCAGUAGUGCGUUUACUCAAAUCAAUGGGCGUGUUCUUCCAGCUCCAAAGCUUAAAUGUGGAAAAGGGGAGGAUUUUUUCCCCCGUAAUGGGCGCUGGAAUUUCAACAACAAGCAACUUGUACAACCAUCAAAGAUAGAGCGCUGGGCAGUGGUCAACUUCUCUGCCCGAUGUGAUACUAGGGGCCUUGUCAGGGAUUUAGAGAAGUGUGCGAACAUGAAAGGCAUUGGCUUUGAGGCUCCGUUCGAUGUCUUUGAGGAGAAUCCAUCUAACAGACGUGCACCUCCACUCGUAAGGGUUGAGAAAAUGUUUGAAGACGUACAAUCCAAGCUCCCUGGGGCACCGAAAUUCCUUUUAUGCCUUCUUCCCGAGAGGAAGAAUUGCGAAGUUUAUGGUCCCUGGAAGAAAAAGUGUUUGGCUGAUUUUGGUAUAGUUACACAGUGUAUGGCUCCUACCAGGGUUAAUGAUCAGUAUCUUACAAAUUUGCUUUUAAAGAUAAAUGCAAAGCUUGGUGGGUUGAAUUCCAUGCUGGCUGUUGAACAUACUCCUUCUAUACCUCUGAUUUCCAAAGUGCCCACAAUAAUUCUUGGGAUGGAUGUAUCUCAUGGAUCACCAGGGCAUUCUGAUGUUCCAUCCAUUGCCGCUGUUGUUAGCUCCAGGGAAUGGCCCCUGAUUUCGCGAUACAGGGCAUCAGUGAGGACACAGUCUCCUAAAGUGGAAAUGAUAGACAAUUUGUUCAAACCUGUGUCUGACACUGAGGAUGAAGGUAUCAUGAGGGAGGCUCUGCUUGAUUUCUACGUCAGUUCUGGGAAAAGAAAGCCUGAACAUAUCAUAAUAUUCAGGGAUGGAGUUAGUGAGUCCCAGUUCAAUCAAGUCUUGAACAUUGAGCUGGACAAAAUCAUUGAGGCUUGCAAAUUCCUGGAUGAGAAGUGGAACCCGAAGUUUGUGGUGAUUGUGGCUCAGAAGAAUCACCAUACCAAGUUUUUCCAGCCCAAUGCUCCUGAGAACGUCCCUCCAGGUACUAUAAUAGACAACAGUGUCUGCCAUCCAAGGACCUAUGACUUCUACCUCUGUGCCCAUGCUGGAAUGAUUGGUACAACCAGGCCUACUCACUACCACGUCCUUUUGGAUGAGGUGGGUUUCUCUCCUGAUGAUUUGCAGGACCUUGUUCACUCGCUUUCCUAUGUGUAUCAAAGGAGUACCACUGCUAUAUCUGUUGUUGCCCCAGUUUGCUAUGCCCAUUUGGCUGCCACUCAGAUGUCACAGUGGAUGAAGUUUGAGGACACCUCAGAGACUUCUUCAAGCCAUGGUGGUGUGACUUCGGCUGGAUCUGUUCCUGUUCCUCAGCUCCCCAGGCUUCAAGAAGGUGUCGCAAGCUCUAUGUUCUUUUGCUGAGAAGAUGCCAGUUCGUGUUUUAUCCAUGUAAAUAUUUAGGAUGACUUCUGGAGAAGUGAUUUUCAACUAGCAGUAAUGGGGUUUUAGCUUUUGCACACUUUGGUUUGUUGAAGUGAUUUGACGCUUUGGUAACACUUUGGUAUGUUUUAAUUGCCCGUUUUGUAUAAAUGGUAGCUCAAAACAGUAGUGGUAUGCACGCGUAGGUUUCCUUGUUUACGACAGGGAUUGUCCUAGCCGAAUGCUUAGGAUGCAUUUUUGCCAUCCUUGCCUUAUUUUCUGGACACCUUGUAUAGGGCUGUUUUCAUUUGGGUGAUAGAAUGCCUGAACUGCUGCUUCGGUUUUGCUGUAGUACUUGACAUUUUCAGUUAAAUUAAGGCACUACUUUGCCCUUAGCUGGUUUAAAUAUGCUGGCUAUAUUAACCUCCUUUGU